AUGGGGUGCAACAGUUCUGUAGCUGAGCAAAGCUCAGAGAAAGCCAUUAGAGCUGCUGUCCUCAUCCAGAACUGGUACCGCAUCACCAUGGCCCGGCUAGAGAUGAGGCGCCGCUAUUCUCUGAGUAUCUUCCAGUCGAUCGAAUAUGCUGAUGAGCAAGAUCAACUACAGCUAUCCAACUUCUUUACAUUCAUGCUGGAUCACUGUACUCAUCCUAAUUCAGUCCAAGAUACCCCAGAUCAGGCCUCUGAAGGCCACCAGGGCAGGAGCCAUUUAAGAGAAUUUGAAAAGAAGGUUGAUGUUCCAGAUUCUUAUUACGGACCACGACUCUCAUUCCCCCUUACUAUUAAAGAUGUUGAUGCUCUUCUUCAUGCUUUCAGGAAUGAACAGCUGCUUCAUGCCCACUAUGUACUGCAGCUACUGUAUGAAACUAGGAAGGUUCUCAAGGAGUUGCCAAAUAUCACCCGUCUUUCAACUUCCUACUCCAAGGACAUAACUGUCUGUGGAGAUUUGCAUGGAAACCUGGAUGAUCUUUUGCUGAUAUUCUAUAAAAAUGGUCUGCCUUCAGAACAAAACCGUUAUGUCUUUAACGGUGACUUUGUUGACAGAGGGAAAAAUUCUAUGGAAAUACUUAUAAUCCUGUUUGCAUUUCUUCUCAUCUACCCCAAUGAUUUACACUUAAAUAGAGGAAACCAUGAAGACUACGUCAUGAACAUGAGAUAUGGCUUCACAAAAGAAAUUUCAAGGAAGUACAAGGACCACUGGAAAGAGAUUAUGUUUCUUCUGCGAGACAUCUUUAGCUGGCUUCCCCUUGCCACUAUAAUUGACAGCAAAGUUCUUAUCCUACACGGAGGGAUUUCAGACACAACAGAUUUGGAUUUCCUGAAUGCACUUAAGAGAAAUAAGUGGAAGACAUUGAUGAGGCCUCCGAAGUCAGUGGGGGACAAACAGGACCAAGUGAAGGAGACAAUUCCCAAAACCACACCUGGUAAAGACAUUGCCAACCAGAAGAAUGUUGUAGGAGAAAAACGACGUACUUCUUUACCGGGCUCCACUGAGCCUUCAGGCUCAGAUUUAUCUCCAGACUUCGACAUGAAGGAAUGGAAACAAAUCCUUGACAUUCUCUGGAGUGAUCCAAGAAGCCAAAAUGGCUGUACACCAAACAAGUGUCGAGGAGGAGGUUGUUACUUUGGCCCUGAUGUCACUGCCAAGCUGUUCAAAAGGUAUAAUCUGAAGCUGCUCAUCAGAUCUCAUGAAUUUAAGCCGGAAGGUUAUGAGAUCAGUCACAAUGGGAAGGUUAUCACUAUAUUUUCUGCCUCCAACUAUUACGAAGAAGGGAGCAACCGGGGAGCCUACAUCAAACUGAAUCCUGAACUGAACCCUCGGUUUGUACAGUAUCGAGUCAGCAGGUGCACACGCAGGCAGAACCUUCAGGAGAGGGUGGGUACAAUUGAAUCAUCUGCCUUAAAGUGCUUAAAAGAGAAGAUUUAUGCUCACAAGGCUGAACUGACAAGUGCUUUUGAACAGUAUGACCUCAGGGGCACAGGCAGCAUUUCUGUCAAUGACUGGGCUGCAGCGAUGGAGUCUGUCCUACACCUGGAGCUGCCCUGGAGGAUGCUGCAGCCUCAGCUAGCAGAGAUGAACCCAGGUGGAAAAGUUGACUUCAUGUCAUGUUUCCACGAUUUGAAUAUAGAUCAACCCAUAAAAGAGGUUCAGCCAGCUUUGAUGGAAACACUGUGGAGAUACAGAAAGGAUCUGGAGAUCAUCUUUAACAUAAUUGACAAAGAUCACUCAGGUCUCAUUUCUCUUCAAGAGUUCAGCCAGACGUGGAGACUCUUUGCUUCUCACCUGGGCAUCGAUGUAGAUGAUGAAUCCCUUGACAAGUUAGUCCUCAGCAUAGACCAUAACAAAGAUGGCCACAUUGACUUCAAUGAAUUUUUAGAGGCCUUUCGUGUGGUUCAUAGACUAGACAAAAAGGCAAAGUCCUGA